CAGAACCCAUAGAGCUAAGCCAUCGUAGACUAUUUCAGUAUUUCUAAAAAAAUUCUAUCUUUGGAUCCCUUUGCCUUUUUUUCCCCCAACGAAGAGCAAAGGCCGGUGCGAGCAAUGGGUUUCUUUUCGUUUCUUGGAAGACUGUUAUUCGCUUCCCUCUUCAUCCUCUCUGCAUGGCAAAUGUUCAAUGAUUUUGGAGAAGAUGGUGGGCCGGCAGCAAAAGAAUGGGCAGCCAAAUUAGUUACUGUCGAGAAAUUUCUAGCUUCUACCUUCGGGAAAGGCGCUUUAAAUAUUGAUACUAGGCAUUUUGUUGCUGCCUGUAUUGUUCUAAAGGGUUUGGGGGGCCUUUUAUUCGUAUUUGGCAGCUCCACUGGUGCUUACCUUCUGAUUUAUUACUUGAUAUUUGCCACUCCCCUUCUGUAUGACUUCUACAACUACAAUGUUGGAGAGCCAAAAUUUUUCAGACUCUUGUCAGAGUUUAUUCAGUCCAUCGCUCUUCUUGGUGCGUUGCUAUUUUUUCUAGGGAUGAAGAACUCUAUUGUGAGGAAACAACUCAAGAAUAAGGCCGCCCCUAAACAGAAGGCAUCUUAGAUAUAUCAAAGAAGAGACUCUGGAACACGGUCUAAAAUUAGGAUUCUAAGCAGGUGCUAUAUCAAGUCUUUAAACUGGAAUUAUCCGUCUCCACGACGAUAUUUGAUGUUGUAGCAUGUUUUCCUUUAGUUGAUUUUAGUCUGGGAAGGAGCUGUUGAUAUGCAAACAUUCAUUUUGUUUCCUUCUAUUUCACAAUUUUAAUUCUCCCCUGUUGCGAUAUUAAUACUGUUGGAUUCUUAAGGUAUGCUUCCUAAUGAGAAAUAACAAUGAACAGACAUUUUUACGUGUUUUUUCA